AUGCAGCAGCGACUUCGAACAGUCAAGCGGCCGCUGCUAGUCGCCUGCGCUGCUGCAACAGCUACCGUAGCAGCCGGCAGCAUCGUCUACGCGACUCGAAACAAGACACAUUCAAUCGACAAGCCCAUUGCUCCUCUCCAGCGCGAUUCCGCCGGCCGUAUCGUGCCACCUACCUUCCAAGCUCCAAAGAGCCGCGCCGAACAGCUUGCCGACCUACGCCGCAGCAGCGAACCGGACAAGAGUGCUCAAUAUGAUCUACUCAUCAUCGGCGGCGGCGCAACCGGAACAGGCAUCGCCCUUGAUGCCGUCACACGCGGAUUGAAAGUCGCACUCGUUGAGCGCGACGACUUCUCCUCGGGGACAAGCUCCAAGAGCACAAAGCUCGUGCAUGGCGGUGUUCGCUAUCUCGAAAAGGCAGUCUGGAACCUCGACUACGGUCAGCUCCAGCUCGUCAUGGAAGCCUUGAGAGAGCGCAAGACAUUUCUCAACAUUGCGCCGCAUCUAUCAAGUUCGCUGCCAAUCUUGUUGCCGUUGCAACGUUGGUGGGAGGCGCCCUACUUUUGGGCUGGUACCAAGGCUUAUGACCUUCUCGCUGGCUCGCAAGGCCUUGAGAGUUCUUAUUACUUGAGUAAGAGCAAAGCGCUUGCCGCGUUUCCGUUAUUGCGACGAGAUAAUAUGGUUGGCGCUCUGGUGUACUAUGAUGGCCAACACAACGAUUCAAGAAUGAACGUCGCUCUGGCAAUGACGGCUUCUCAAUAUGGAGCCACCAUUCUCAAUCAUGUCGAGGUCACGGGUCUUGAGAAAGACGUCAAUGGUCAAAUAUGCGGUGCCAAGGUACGAGAUGUCCUUGACGGAUCGCAAGCCUUCACAGUCCAUGCCAAGGGCGUCAUCAAUGCGACUGGUCCCUUCACCGACGCGAUUGAACAAAUGGAUGAGCCCUCUCGAGAGCCCAUCGUCGCUCCCUCAUCUGGCGUCCACAUCAUGCUGCCAAAGAGGCUAUGCCCCAAUGGAAUGGGAAUGCUUGACGCAGCCACCUCAGACGGCCGUGUCAUCUUUGUUCUUCCUUGGCAAGGCUUCACUCUGGCUGGAACGACGGACAACCCUUGCAACGUUGAGAAGGCUCCUGUCGCGCAGCAAGACGAUGUGGAUUUCAUUCUCAAUGAGGUUAGCAAGCUCUUGUCGCCAGAAUCGGUGCUCUCCAGGGAUGACGUACUGGCAGCUUGGUCAGGAAUUCGUCCUCUAGUCCGCGACCCACGAGCCAAAAACACCGAAUCUCUUGUCAGAAGCCAUCUCAUCACCGUCUCUCCCUCAGGUCUUCUCACCUGCGCAGGUGGGAAAUGGACUACCUACCGACAAAUGGCUGAAGACACGGUUGAUGAAGCCAUCAAGACUUUCAACCUCCAACCGCGUGCCAUACCUCUUCCUGAUAUCAGCGGUGCCGGACUACCAGGGUUCACGACUAGCGGUGUCUGCUGCACACGCAAAGUACCCCUAGUAGGCGCACAUGGCUACUGGUCUUCGCUUGCCUCGCGACUGAUGGAGGUGUUCCCCAUCGAGGCUGAUAUUGCCUACCACCUUGCCACCAACUACGGCGACCGAGCCUGGGCACUACUCGCCAUUUCACCACGUCUAAACACUCGACUUUUGCCAAAUCUCCCCUUCAUCGAGGCCGAGAUCACUCAUGGCGUGCGCUCCGAGGCCGCUUGCACAGCCGCGGACGUCAUCGCCCGCCGGACCCGUCUGUCGUUCCUUGAUGCUUCAAAAGCGCUGCAGGUUCUGCCAAGGGUCAUCGACAUCAUGGCUGCAGAGCUUCACUGGACCGCAGCCAGAAAGGAGCAAGAAUUGACAGACACUAUUAGAUUUCUUGAUUCGAUGGGUCUGAAACAGGACAAGAUUGCAUCCGCCCAAGACGAGAAACUGCGCAUCAAGGCUAGCGGUUCUGUACCUGUGCCUCAGCGGCCAACCAUGGCUGGGGGCAUUGAGGUGGAUGUGAAUGGACUUGGUGCUGGGCAGGCGCUGAGAGAUACUCGGGUUAUCUAG